CUUCUUUCACUCUUCCGCAUACAUAACCUUCAGCGCCACCUGUUCAGUCAAGUACAGCUUCUCAACCACCGAUACAUGUCGAUUCGCUCUACAUCCACCACCGACACCGAGCAUAGUGAACACAGCAAUCCACUAGUACGCAGAUACAGAGUACCACAGUUCGCCAACAUGUCUUCUUCUACCAGAAAGAUCACUCCCGCCGAAAAGGCACAAUACAUUCGAGCACUACGGUCUCAUCAGUUCAACACUAUAGUCGAAUUGAUCCGCGUUGAGCAGGCGUUUGCGAAGCUUGGUACGCCAGAUUGCAGUGAACCCAUGACAUCGGCUUGGAGAUACUACGUCGAAUCGCACAGCUUAUUGACCGAGCUCCGCGCACUGACGAAGAACUAUCCAUUCAGUUCUGAUGCCCUGGACGAAGCCAAGAGGCGUGUCUACGCCGAUCCUGCAAGUAACCGCUCGUGGAAUCUGUGUUGGUUGGUUCUGAACAAGAUACAGACUGACCAACUCCUUCCGUAUUAUGCGCAUUAUCAGGCAUCGCAGCCUGCCAUGUGGGCAGGUCGUACGCCUUCUGCUGAGCAGAUCACUCAGCUCACCAAUGCGUUCGUCAACGAAUGGAACUGGGCUCUUGGCCAAAUGUUGGGUCGUUGGACGCAGCCACCGGCUAGGUGA